AUGAAACCAGAUACAACUCUUCUCUGCGGCGGCUUUGGCCUGUGCGGCGUUCCAGAUUCGCUUAUCAAUGAAGUUCUCAACAAGCCCGAUAUCAACGGUUUAACAGCUGUUUCUAACAACGCUGGAACUGAUGACUUUGGUCUUGGGAAGCUUUUGAAGAGUAGGCAAGUGCGCAAGAUGAUUGCUUCUUACAUCGGAGAAAACAAGACAUUUGAGAAGAUGUAUCUUGCGGGGGAGAUCGAACUGGAACUUACGCCCCAGGGAACCCUUGCAGAACGUUGUGCCGCUGGAGGAAAGGGUAUUCCGGGGUUCUAUACGCCUGCUGGUGUUGGAACCGUCGUUCAAAAUGGAGACCUCCCCUCCCGGAACAAGGCAUCAGGGUCCUCGGGCAAUGCCCAGUUCCCUGACCCCAAAGAUGUCAAGGUGUUCAAUGGCAAGCCCUAUCUUCUUGAACACAGCAUCGAGGGAGAUUAUGCCUUUGUAAAAGCUUUUAGGGCAGAUAAGCUGGGAAAUUGUCAGUUCCGCCUUGCAGCCCAGAACUUCAACGGCCCAAUGGGUCGUAACGCCAAAAUGACUAUUGUCGAGGCCGAGCACAUCGUUGAGCCAGGAGAGAUCCCCCCAGAGUCGAUCCAUUUACCAGGCAUUUACGUCAAGAAAGUCAUUCAGAGCACGGCAGAGAAAUCGGUUGAGAAGUUCACGUGGGCAGAGCAAGAUACCAAGGCCCUUGGACAGGGCGACGUGGCCACAAAACGAGAACGCAUCGUUCGCCGAGCGGCCAAAGAGUUCAAAGAUGGCAUGUACGCCAAUCUUGGAAUCGGCAUGCCUAUGCUAGCAGCCUCAUUCGUUGGACCCGAAGUCGAUGUCCAACUCCAGUCUGAGAAUGGCAUCCUUGGUCUUGGGCCAUACCCUUCCAAGGACAAGAACGAGGCUGAUGCUGAUCUCAUCAACGCGGGCAAGGAGACGGUCACGUUGAAGCCCGGAGCGUCUGUCUUUAGCAGCGACGAAAGUUUCGGUAUGAUCAGGAGUGGCCGUAUCGACGUUACCAUCUUGGGUGCUAUGCAAGUCAGUGCCACAGGUGAUUUGGCCAACUGGAUGCUGCCCGGCAAGGUGAAGGGUUUUGGCGGUGCGAUGGACCUUGUCAGCAACCCGGGCAAGACAAAGGUCAUUGUCACCAUGGAGCAUACCGACAAGAAGGGAAAUCCCAAGAUCUUGAACCAAUGUUCUUUUCCUCUCACAGGCCGGGCGUGUGUGUCGCGCAUCAUCACCGAGUUGGCGGUUUUCGACGUAGACUUUGCAUUGGGAUUGACACUUGUUGAAAUUGCCGAUGAUGUUACUAUUGAUGAAGUCAGGGCAAAGACUGGAGCUCCUUUUACGGUUGCUGAUCCAGUCCUGCCCAUGUCAGGGGUGUAA